AUUGUUUAAAAUCAUUAAUUAUUACUAUGGACAAAAACGAUAAAUUACAAAUCUUGAAGAAUGCUAUAAGGAGUUAUCCCGAUUUUCCUGAACCUGGAAUCAUCUUUCGGGAUAUAUUUGGUGUAUUUCAAAAUAUCGUAGCUUUGAGAGCAAUGAAAGAUUUAAUAGUGGAGCACAUCUUAUUCCUAGAAGUGGAUUUAAUUAUUGGUUUAGAUUCACGUGGUUUUCUUUUUGGUCCUAUGAUUUGUAUGGAAUUGGGGAAACCUUUCUUGCCCAUUAGGAAACAAGGCAAGCUUCCAGGCAAAGUCAUGCAGCAAGAUUACAUAUUAGAGUAUGGCAAGGCUACAUUUGAACUGCAAACAGAAUUCAUUAAAAAUGGUGUUAGAGUGCUUAUCGUCGAUGAUUUACUGGCAACUGGAGGCACCAUGACCGCAGCUGUGCAACUGUUGAAAUCAGUAGGUGCAGAUGUUGUUGAAUGUCUGGUGAUAAUGGAAUUGAUUUCAUUGAAAGGUCGUGAUAAAGUUGGGGUACCUGUCCAUUCUUUUGUACAAUAUGAUUAACAAAUAAUGAAGCAAUAUAUCCUAAUUUUUUUACAAAUAUUCGACAGUACAAUGAGAGAUUAUAAUAAUGCAAUAAAUAUUAAACUUAUAUAUUCCUUUCAUAUAGCAAUCACAAAAGUACAAAUAUUUUUCUACUUUAUACUUAUACUUUUUUAUACACAGACACAUAAAAGACUCCUAUAUUUUGUAUAUUACAAUGUAUAGACACAAUUUUUCAGAACUGUACAAUUCCAAAAAUAUAUAAACUAAUAUAUUAAUAUAGAAUAAUA